GCCGUCCGUGGCUUGGGUCCUCCCCUGGCUGUUGUAGUCAGUGUUGAAGCAACGUGGCGGGCGACGGGUGUGUCUCUGUGUCGCUCCUCACAACCCACAACAACCCCCUCCUGCAACACCCAACCCGACCCUCUCCUCCUCCUCGAUCUCUACCCCCAAGACCCCAUACAACCCUCCUCCUCCAACCUUCUCUACCACUCCUCCUCCAGUACAUGUGGAGUGUGACCUCUCAUGUCCACUAUGGAUUUUACCUGAGGUCUCUCCCGGGUCAUGGCAGAUUAUUACACUGCAGUGGUUCAUCGCCGCCGACCUGAAACACCGUCACCUUGACAUGGCAUCGUUAACUUCACCACCACUUGAGGAAUUUCAUUAUCUUGAGGUUAUUUUUUAAAUCCUACCGGAGAUUUACGUCAUUGGUGGAAGACAAAGUCGGUGGAGGAUUGAGGAGUGAGCACGGUAGGAUAUCAGGAGCAGCUCUGUGUGUGUGUCAGUACGUGAGUUAUGACUGAACUAGGGAGUGACCACGCACCACCACCACCACCUACAGACACCAAGGAUGUGUUGUCCAUCAGGAUGACAUCUCUGACCUCACUCUUACACAUCUUCAACCUCGUCAAGGGUGAAUGUUGUGGCCCCGGACACACGGCCACGACCUCCUGCCAGUAACAACUAUGGCCACGGCCUUAAGCUCCCCACGACGGCGAGGAUCAUCUUUGUGAGGCGGAGAUAAUACCUGUAGGAGUAGACGUGGAGAGGAAUUAGUCGAGCGAAACACACUUAGGAGGGAAAGAUUUUAACUGGCGUAAUGGGUGAGGUAAGGAGGCAGGUGUCACGGUGCUGGGUGACGGGGCCCUCCUCCCCUCCCCUAGCAGUCUGUUCCCUACCCUCCUGCCGAGGAUCACAGUGCCUUACCUAUACUUCAUGCCAAGAUUAUAGUGCCUCACAGCCUUCAGGAUAGUGAUACAGUGCCGCUCCUCCGUGUUGUAGUUGACCUUUUUUACUGCCACAAGAGAAGCGAUUGUGAGUUCAGUGUUGAGGGAAGUGGUCAAGGAAGUUAGGUGAGCCAAGGUGUUAGUGACGUGAGGUGUCUAGUGCUCACCGCGGCCGCUCUUGUCAAGCAUCUGGUAUUAACCUUGAGAGAGUGAGGAAAGUAUUCAUAACAUAUAGUCACGUAUGAUGAAAGUGACCUCGAGUGAUGCAAAAACAAAUUUCUUGUCAGUUUUAGCGAAAUCUCAGUCGGUGUGACAAGUUUCCUGGAUAAAGUUUUGUGUCUUCGUGGUAACAACUGUAAUAAGUAACUUCUAUUGUCGUAUCAGAGGUGACGCUAGUGUGUUACAGUAGUGGGAGAAGCAUAACACCUCCUUAUGCCCGCCAGUUGUCAGUUACGAAGUCUAAAACCGUUUUCGAUUUUCGUCUGUCGUGGAAACGGAAUUUUAAUGUCGAUCUGACAGCACGACGCAACACUGUGGGCCGGUGAGCAGCCUCCCAGGCGCCACACAGCUCACCCCACCCAAGGCACAAGUAUAUAUAUAUUUUGACGUAUAUCCCGGGCAAGCAGACUCGCCCAAGAUUAUCCAAACUCACAUCCAAGAUAUCGUACAGCCGAAGUUUCAUAAAGUAAAUUAGGUAGCGGGAGAACACGACUGUGGGAGAUGUGAGCUGCCUGACGAAGUAGCUGUAGCAGUGUUAACCCUCCAGCCUCCCCUCCACCACCUGCGGCUCACACUGGCGCCGAGGGAAAAACUGGAAUCGUCUUAAUAUAUUCAACAAGGCACGGCCGAGGGUUUUAUCAUCUCUGGUUCAAGAUUACACAAAACAUAGUAGUUUAGGAAAAAAAAUUGAACAAAUGAGAUAUCGGUGCUGGUGACUGAUCUGCUGCUAUAAGUGUUGAGGCUUUAUUUAUAUACCGUUUUGUGGGCUGCUAGAUUGAUUUUAGUUGAGAAAAGAAGUUUUUAAGUGUCGUAGAAGUAAAUAAGGGUGUAUGAGAGGUGUAGAGACGGUUAGAGUGAUGUGUGUUGGGUGUGGCCUAGCGUCUCCUGUCUGUCAGAGGGCAGACUUUCUCCCUCGCCCCCUGACCGCCUCUCCUCUACAACAAAUCAACUUUAUGUUAUCAUAGGAACAUAUUUUUUUUGUUGUGCGACGCUGACACACAACUUUUAUUUGUGUGUUCAUAGUUAGUGUAUUGCAGCGGAGGUAGUGUUUGUGGUGUGUUGUGGCGGGCGUGGAGACCAGUCAGCAACCUUAUUCUGCACUACAAAUAGCUCGUAAAAUAAAUGGUAUCGGACUAGCGAUAAUGCAUUUUGAUGUGGACGAUUCUCGGCGAUUUUGAGAGCUGGUCCCGACCUGAUCGUUUGUGGGGCGAUCGUCCGCCGGGAACACAGUGAGACAGUCAGGAAGGAAAUAUUUGUCACUGAGCUUCACACAACUUUGUUUCUUGGAGAUUAUUUAAGUUGAGUGGCGACGUGGUAGAGAAGGGAGGAGUCGGGUGGAGGUAGCGUGAGGAUGAGUGAGGAGGAGAAGGAGAAGGAGAAGCGGGGAGUGUGGCGCCUGUGGGCGUGGGGGCGGAAGGGGCGACGCAGGUACACUCUGAGGGACGUCCAGUCUGAGGAGGACGUGUGCCUCUACAAGGACCCGGUGCCUGUCCUUAAGAAGGGUUACACGUCAGACGAUCACCUGUUAGAUCAGCGCCGCCCUCACGCCCAAUCUGACGACGAUGAGGGCGAGAGCGAAGACCCAGACCGUGCCCUGUCUAUAUGGGAGUCGCUCGCCUGGCGAGACGACAGUCAGGAUUCGGAGGACGUGUCCACUGAUAAAGACAUUACCGAGAGCGAGGUGGAGACCACUGAGAGUGAGAGUGAGGAGGUGAAGAAGGAUGGCGGUGCCGUACAGACUAUAGUGGAGCGGCUGAGGGCGUGUGGGGCCGGGCAUGGGAGGGCAGGCAACCUAAAUUGGCCCAACAUCGACACGUGGACCUCACAUGACCUGAAGCAGUUCCUCAUCAACAAGGCACAGCUAGAGCUGGGAGGGCCCUAUGAUAAUGAUAGCGUUAAUAGUAUUGAGAUGAAAUCUUAUGUCCACAAUAAUUGUAACACUCUUGCUAGCCGGCAAGUGUCACCAGCCCCGGCCAUCCCCACCCCACCGGGGGCCACCCCUCGCCCCGUGCCCCUGAGGCCUCGGGGGCGAGGCAGGACUGUAGCGUCGGCCCUCUUAAGGAGGGGUGGGAGGGCCCGGAAAACCAACCAGAGGAGUUCGAUGCAGCUGGAACACGUGAUGCGAGACUUAUCACCACCACCACCACGUCCUCGUCUCUGGUCACUACCAGCCAUCAUCGUCACCACUUUCGAUAACCCCUUGAAGACUCCUUCUCCACCAGGCUUCAGCAACAGCCUCUCCAACAGCAUGAACUACUUGACGGUGCCCAACGCCCACACCUACCGUCCCCGUCAGGACACUGAGGACACCCAGAGUGAGCCGUGUUCCACGAUGGACGCAAUCAUGCCCUGUGUCGACAGUGACAAGAAGACCGUCCCUGGAGGUCUGGCCAGCGCCACCAAGUUGGGGUCCAUCAUGGACUUGUGGUCUGGCCAGUGGCAGGUGCAGGAGGACAGAGAGGCCAGCGACGGCAGACCUUACCCUUCGGGGUCACCACCACCAGACCCAAGACCACAAGCCAACCCAGAGUACCUCCAGUACGAAGAGUCCUUCAUGUAUGGUCGUUACUCGGCCAACUUAGCAGAAUACGCGAGACAAGAGGCCAGGAGACUACGGGACGACGACCACCACAAAGACGACGCUCUCUUCUCCAAGGAGCUUCAGCCAUACCGGGGACGUGUAGCGAGGACGUGUAUAUCUUUUAUAAGACCAAUAUGGGAUCACACAUUUGCCCGUCUUGGUGAGGACUGGGUUUUUCUCUUCAUCUUAGGUACAUUAAUGGCAACUAUCUCCUUCCUCAUUGAUGACAUCGUUCUUAUAUGUUUUGGAGCCCGUAUGUACCUGCACGAAUACCUGCAUCAAUUUCACUGGGGUCUACAGCUUUUCUCUUGGGUCGUCAUUCCUACGCUGUUAGUGAUAUUUGCCGCGGCGUUCUGUCAGUGGAUGGCUCCGUCGGCAGCUGGCUCUGGCAUACCCGAGAUGAAGACCAUCUUAAGAGGUGUUGUGCUUAAGGAAUACCUCACCUGGAAGACUUUAUUGGCCAAGAUGGUUGGUCUGUCAGCAGUCUUAGGCUCAGGUUUGCCUCUGGGUAAGGAAGGUCCAGUGAUGCAUAUGGCCAGUAUAGUGGCCACGAUGCUCACCAAGAUGCUUCGUUACAUUAAGGGAAGUGUUGAGAACGAUGCCAGGUCAACAGAUCUACUCGCUGCAGCCUGCACUAUGGGUGUGGCUGUCUCUUAUGCUGCCCCCAUUGGAGGUGUGCUCUUCAGUAUAGAAGUAACAACUGUGUAUUUUGCUGUGCGCAACUACUGGCGUGGGUUCUUUGCUGCUGUAGUAGGGGCCAUGUUUUAUCGCCUGAUGUCUGUCUGGUUCAUGGGUGAUAAGACCAUCUCCCCGCUGUACAAAGUGGAACUUAACUACGCCUACCCGUAUGAUGUCAUUGAGCUCCUGCCCUUCCUCUGUAUAGGCAUUCUGUGUGGUUUUGCCGGUUCCUUGUUUGUCUAUCUCCACAGAAGAUAUGUUAUGUUUAUGCGUCACAACAAAACUCUUAAGAAUUUCCUCCAAAAGAAACGUCUCCUUUAUCCAACGUUUGUUUCCAUCGCAAUCUCCAUCAUGACUUUCCCAUAUUGCCUUGGUCAGUUCAUGGCAGCAACUUUACCCUCUAAUAAACAGAUCUUACACCUCUUCAGUAAUGUAACUUGGUCGGUUACAAAUCCAGAUGGAAUUAUGACCCCUGAGCAAGAGAACAUCCUCAAGCACUGGGUACCCGACUUUGAGGGGAAUUUUCAUCUCAGUUUAUUUGUCUACCAAAUUGUGUCUAUAUUUCAAAUAGGUAUUGCUUCAACCUUACCUGUGCCUUCUGGUAUGCUGAUCCCGUUGUUUAAAGUCGGAGCGGCAUUUGGUCGUCAGAUUGGAGAACUCAUGGCCUCUCUCUACCCGCUGGGCAUUACUCCUGGGUUCCCCAUUGUACCAGGUGCAUAUGCCAUGGUGGGAGCUGCUUCCUUCUGCGCUGCCAUCACUCACACCAUUUCCAUAUCCGUCAUUGUGUUUGAGCUCACCGGGCAGAUUACAUACGUGAUCCCCAUCAUGAUUGGAGUCUUGAUAUCAAACUGUAUAUCAUCGCUCCUUCAACCAUCCAUUUAUGACAGUAUGAUCCGCAUCAAGAAGUUGCCGUAUCUUCCAGACAUCAUCGCCACUACAUCUUCUGAUGUAUAUAACAUCUAUGUGGAGGACAUAAUGGUACGAGACGUGAAGUACAUCUGGUAUGGUAUCACCUACACGGAACUCAAGAGAAUCCUAAAAGAAAACCGCAAGUUGAAGUAUCUUCCAUUGGUUGACAAACCAGAUUCUAUGAUUCUUCUGGGCUCCAUCCAGAGGAUUGAACUUGUACGACUCCUGGUAGAACAGAUUUCUUCAGAAAAGAGAAGAAAGGAAGCAACUCGCUUACAUUUAGAGGCUUUGAGACUAAAGUGGGAGGAGGAGGAUGCUGCCGGAGGACCAAAACAGAGCCGCAUCCGCUACGAAGAUGAAAUUAACGACAGUGAUGAGCCGAGUAUCACACAGAGCAUUAUUCACCGUUUCUCAAGGUCGCUGAGUCGAUCACUCUCCCGCUCACGGUCCACUUCCAGGUCCACGUCUCGCUCUGUAUCUAGGAGUCGGCACGGAACCCCAUCUAGUGACAGCGACGAUUCCUCCACUUCCCCACCUGGAUCACCCGCAUCCACACGCUCUAAGAGAGACUCAGACUCUGUAACACCGCCUGGGUCCCCUGCGACCCCCUCCAAGUCUCAGCUGGUCCGAAACCUUGAGAUAUAUUCUGUUUUUCUGAUCAGGGUUGAAAAUGGCAGCAGCAAAACAGGAGAAGUGAGUGAAAGAGAUGGCAAAGUAAAUGACUCUCAAGAAAAGAGCAAGAAAAAGAAGAAGACCUCAGGAGAGUCAUCAAAGGACGUAUCUAGUAAAUUACGAGACUCUACAAGGUCCAAAACGGAUUCUGUGUCCGAGAAAGAUCCAUUAAAAUUACUAAGGCGACGAGCAACCUUACAGAGGUCCAACUCACUCGACUCUACAAACUUCAGGUCAAUUAGUCAAGAGGAUGUGAGAGACUCUAAGAAAGCCGCUGAAAUUGUUUCUCCAAAGAAGGGGAUCCUGAAGCGUCGCAACUCCUUCAGUUUAGGCAUGGCAGUGUCUCCUGAAGUGCCAACACCUGACACACAUUACCAAACUAUCACUGUUGGAGACACAAGACUUCGAUCUGCCUUCGAGAAAGUGUGACGAAUGAAGAUGGAAACAGCAAGCUCAAUGGAAAUGAACUCUCAGCUCUCCUUAUUCAAGUCAAAGAAGAAGGACCAGAGUCCUAAAAAACCACAGCUCGAUUUAACUGGGAAGAAAGCCAUGUGGGAGAUGAGGGAACUGGCGAAGGAGGUGGACUUCAAUAAAUGCCACAUAGACCCCGCACCCUUCCAGUUGGUCGAGAGAACAUCCCUCUUACGUGUCCACUCCAUGUUUUCUAUGCUGGGCAUCAACCAUGCUUACGUCACUGCUAUUGGACGACUCAUAGGUGUUCUAGCACUAAAGGAGGUCAGUUACAUUAUGGCCAUCGACGGACUCGUUGGCCAGCCCCAGAGUACAACCCCACAAGUCAGCUUACCCAACACGCCCACAUCCCCCAUGUCAUCAAUUGCAUCAAGCACGUCACCUCAGAGAUUGGGAAUCAUCAGUCCAUUGCAAUAUUCUGACCCUGAGGCUGGAACUAUCUCUCACAGGGGGUCCAGAACCCAAUUGGUUAACUAUCCUAAUGGUCACUCAUACAGCUGAGGAAGCAAGAAUUUAGUAGAUGGAGUGAAUUUGUAAUAAUUUUUAAAAACCUCUGUGAUCUGUGAUGUUGCCCGUGGACAGUGGUUGUUUUGUACCAGUCAAUGUCUUAAAUAAUCAGUGUCUGGUAGUUAUUCCUUUGAACUAAGAUAUCAGACGAUAUUGUUGACUAUGUAUAAUGUAAUUUUACCAAAGUUGAGGACAUUCCAGUAUUAUAUUGAAGUUGAUUUAUAAUAGUCCAUUAUGCAGUACAUGUCUAGGCUGUUUGUUUGUUUCUUAUCUGUUACUCUACCUGUUAAUCUUCCAUCUACAUAACACUCAUCACAGAUCUCAAAUAAUGCAAUUAUGAUUUUUUAGUAUUUGUUAAGACUCACUGAACAAUACUUGCUGGACAUGUGUAGAAUAUUGUAAAGGAAUGAUUAUUGUGCCUCUCCUACUCUCCUUAUCUGCUCGGAUGACGUAGAGAAUAAGUAGUACAGUAGACAUAUCUUACUUCUUUGUUAGUAGUAUAUUUUUUACUUACUUUUUGUUUAGCUCUCUUAGUGGCCUUAAAUUAUGGGGUAAGUUUUGUGAAACAUAAGUUCAAUAGUAUAGUAUACCUACAGUAUAUACUUUAUGAUUUGGGUUGUGUUACAUCAGCUGAA